AUGAAUCUACUACGCUACACGUCGAAAUCGAUUCAAAAGGCGAUCGAGCACCGAAUCGAACAUCGUCCGGAUCGAGAAAAUCUCCAUUGGAAUCCCGAAUUGGUUUCUGAAUCUCCCGCACCGGAUGAGAAGGCCUUAUCCUCAUCUUCUGCCGCGAGAUCUAAUCCGUACGUCGCUCGUGCUCCUACUGAAACUUCGGAUGCCUCGUUGAAAGAAACGAUGGAAUCUGUGAAAGGUGUGCUUGGGAGAUGGGGAAGGAGGGUUGGAGAAGCUGCAAUGAAGGCAGAGAGCCUUGCCGGGAACACGUGGCAACACCCUUUGCGUGCUGCAAUGGGAAGAAUUGCACAAAGUACAAAGGUUCUGGCAGAAGGAGGAUAUGAGAAAAUUUUCAGGCAAACCUUUGAAACUGUUCCAGAGGAGCAACUGCAAAAUUCAUUUGCGUGCUACUUAUCAACAUCAGCUGGUCCAGUCAUGGGAGUUCUUUACGUAGUAAUCCCAUUACAUCAGCUUAAAUCGGUUAACCCUUCGAUAAGCACAGUUAAUCCUGCAGAAAAGUACAUCCAGGUAAUCUCGGUCGACGACCAUGAGUUUUGGUUCAUGGGUUUCUUAAACUACGAAGGCGCUGUUACAUCUCUACAAGAUACAUUGCAAGCCGGUGCCUCAGUCUGUGUGAUAUAA